UGAAAUCUAGCUCUGCAAGUGUCACCUGAAGCCCUCGGCUAUAAAAGCCCCGUUCCCAUUACGCAGCCCAGCCCAGCGCUCCAAGCAGCCAUGACGAGGAUGAUGGGGAAGACGCUGGUGCUGCUCUCAACCAUUCUGGUGCUCCUGGAAGGUGGCACCGAGGGCCGGCAUGUGGGCCGGGACUUCAUCACAGCUUUCAUGCAGAACAGCGCCACGUCCAGGGAGCCCAGCUUCCAGCUCUUCAUCACCGGCUUCUCCCCAGUCACAAAGGUCAGCGUGUCUGCCCCCAAUGGCACCUUCCACAGCACUGUGAUGGUGGAGCAUGGGAAAACGGCCACGGUGCAGCUCCCAAACUUCGUGGAGAUGUGGGGCACAGGGAGGUUCAACAAGACCGUCCUGGUACAAGCAGACCAAGAUGUGGCUGUGUUGGCCGUCAACUACAAGCUCUACACGGUGGACACCACUGUGGUGCAGCCUGUGGGGAGCCUGGGGACAGAGUACUAUCUGGUGACACCUAGUGGCAAAGUUGAAGACUCCUACAAGGAGUUUGCCGUCAUCACGGGUCAGGUCCCUGCCACAGUUACCAUAUCCCUGACCGCCCCAGUGACCUUUGAGGAGCAGGUAUACAAAGCUGGCGAGAAGCUCACCCUUCAGCUCCAGCCCUUCCAAGCCGUCCAGCUCCAGAGCCGGAAUGACCUAUCUGGGAGCCAUGUGGUGUCCUCGCAGCCCGUUGCCAUCCUCAGUGGCCACAGCUGCGCCUCCCAGAACAGCCCCUGUGACCACGUGGUAGAGCAGCUCCUACCUGUCUCCAGCUGGGGAAGCUCCUUCGUGGUCCCACCGUUGUCCUUCCAGCGCCGGUAUGACGUUGUCUACAUCGUCGCAGCCCAGAAGACUCGCAUGAGCUACCGUUCCGGGAGGUCUUGGCGUUGGCGGGACAUGGGAGCUGGGCAAGUUCAGAAGCUUGAGAUCACCCGGUCCAAAGCCUUGUACAUCACCUCCACCACUGGCAUCCAGGUCUUAUUCUUUUGCACAGGUGGCACCAGCCGGGGCAUGAAGUUCGACCCCUUCCUCAUCACCAUCCCACCCAUCUCUGACUACUGCCUCUCCUACCACCUGGACGGGCUGCAGGGCUUUGAGAACUAUGCCCUUGUUGUGACCAAGAGCAUGGCCAGCAAGGAGAUUGCCUUAGAUGGGCACCCACUGGCUGACAUCAAGUGGAACGUGGUGUCUGACACAGAGUACUCAUGGGCAGAGUAUGGCCUGGGGGACAGAGGUGGCUCUCACACCCUGACGCACCCCAAUGAGCCCUUCAUGGCACUGAGCGUUGGGAUCUCGUCACAGUACUCUGGCUAUGGCACAGCAGGGCUCUGCGGAUGCAGCAACCCCAUUUCCUGUAGCAACACCACAUGCCGGAAGAUGGAAACAUGCCAGGCCAUGGACUGCCGCCCUGUGUGCAUGCCCACCUCUGAGGCCUCCUGUCAGGCAUGGGGGGCAUCACGGUACCACACCUUUGAUGGGCAGGAUUUCGAGUUUGGUGGCACCUGCACCUACACCGUCACCAAGACCUGUGGCCCAGACAAGACACUGCCAGCUUUCACUGUUGAGGCCAAGAGCAAACAACGGGGCAAUACACAGUCUACCUAUGUCAGCAACGUGACCAUUCAGGUCUAUGGGAUCAGCCUUUCCGUGGUCCAGGCUGAAGACGGGUUUGUGAGGGUGAACAACGAGAGCUUCCCCCUCCCUGUCACCCUUCACGGAGGCAAGGUGUGGGCGUACGAGAAUGGGGCCUCCGUGGUCAUUGUGACUGACUUCUCCCUAAGGGUCUACUAUGACUGGGAUGGCAUCUUGGUUGUCAACAUCUCCAGCAGCUUUGCUGAGAGCCUGUGUGGCCUGUGUGGGAACUACAAUGGGAACCCCAAGGAUGACUUCACCACCCUGGCUGGCACCCUAGCUGUAAGCCCCAGUGAGUUCGGGAAGAGCUGGAAAGUACCAGACGGAGACCUCUUUUGCUGGGAUGAAUGCCAGGGGGACUGUCAGUUGUGCCCCCCAGACCUGGCCAGUAAAUACCGGGCUGAAUCCUUCUGCGGCUGGCUCACUAAAGGGAUAGACAGUCCUUUCAGCCAGUGUCAGCCCAUCAUUGACCCGCAGCCCUACGUGGAUGCCUGUGUCAUCAGCAUGUGCCAGCAAAACGGUCACCAGGAAGCACUGUGCCAGGCACUGAAGAACUACACUGAUGCCUGCCGAAGACAGGGGAUCCCAGCCACUGACUGGCGGACACCCACAGCCUGCCCCCUGGCCUGCCCCGAAGACAGGCAAUACAAGUUCUGUAGUUCCGCCUGCCCCGCGACAUGUGACAACCUGCUAGCCCCAAAGAACUGCUCCCUGCCCUGCAUGGAGACCUGCAAGUGUCGGGAGGGCUUUGUGCUGGAUGCUGGGAAGUGCGUGCCUAAGGGCCCCUGUGGCUGUGAGUUUGAGGGGCGCAUCUAUUCCCCUGGGGAGAAGUUCUGGGGGGACCAAAACUGCAGCAGGUGGUGCCUCUGCAACCCCCAAACCGGGCAGGCCGACUGCCAGGAGGUGAGCUGCAAAACUGGAGAGGAGUGCCGGGUGGAGAAGGGAAUCCAAGGAUGCUAUCCCGCCAACUACACCACCUGCACGUCCAUUGGGGACCCACACUACAUCACCUUUGAUGGGCAGAGGUUCGACUUCCAGGGCAGCUGUCUGUAUCAGCUUGCUGGGCUGUGCAAGAAGCCCAGAGACCUGGUGGACUUCCAAGUCUUGGUCCAGAAUGACAACCGAGGCCUCAAGACUGUGUCCUUCACCAGAGUGGUGGAGGUCAGAGUCCACGGGGUCAAUAUCGCCAUCAGCCGGGAGCAUCCAGGACGGGUCUUGGUGAAUGGCUUGCUGACCCACCUGCCCUACAGCACCGCUGGGAGCCAAGUAGCCGCUUUCAGGAGGGGCCAAGAGGCUGCAGUCCACACUGACUUCGGCCUCACUGUUGCCUUCGACUGGCAGAGCCGAGUAGUGGUCACCCUGCCCAGCACCUAUGUAGGCACUGUGUGCGGCCUCUGCGGUAACUUCAAUGGGGACGGGAGCGAUGACCUGCUCAUGAAGGAUGGCAGGGCAGCCCCAAGCCCCACAGCCUUUGGACGGAGCUGGAGGGCAGAGGCAACGCCAGGGUGCACUGAGCCCGAUGCACCACGAUGCUCCCACUUCUUAGCCAUUGAAAGGAAGCAGAGACGGUCGGUCACGGAGUGUGGGAUGAUUCGCAACCCGGCUGGGCCCUUCCGCGCCUGUCACGGCACGGUGGACCCCCAGGGCUACUUCCAGGACUGUGUGUAUGACUACUGCUUCUACCGGGGGCACCAAGGCAUCGUGUGCCAGCUCGUGGCUGCCUACGCCACCGCAUGCCAGGCUGCCGGGGUGGCUGUGGAGACCUGGAGGUCCAAGACCUUCUGCAACCUCCCCUGCCCCCGUGACACCCACUACGAGUUGUGCGGCCCUGGCUGCCCGGCCACCUGUCAUAACCCCUCCUCUCCGGCCACGUGUGAUGCACCAUGUGCCGAAGGUUGCUUCUGUGAUGCUGGCUACGUCCUGAGUGGGGACCGGUGCGUGCCAGCUGGGGAGUGCGGCUGUGUCCACCAGGACCGUUACUACAACAAAGGGGAGAUCUUCUACACUGAUGCCUCCUGCCAGGAGAGAUGUCAGUGCCAAGCCAACAGGACAGUAAUGUGCCAGCCAGCCACAUGUGGAGCCAGUGAGGAGUGCCGCGUGGAGCGGGGCAUGCUGGGCUGCCACCCCACACGCCAAGGGAGCUGCGCAGUCACAGGUAGCUCCCACUACAUCUCCUUCGAUGGCCGGGCCUACGAUCUCCAGGGCUCCUGCGCCUACAUCCUGGCCCAAGACUGUGGUGGGGACCAGGGGCCAGGGAACUUCUCAGUGGUGGUGGAAACCAGCAGGCCCAGGGAGGGCAGCGCAGCCCUGGCCAGGGCAGUGGUGGUCUCAGCCUGCGGCCACACCGUGGCCCUGGAGAGAGGCAUGCCCUGGAACGUCACGGUGGACAGAGAACUCUACACCCUGCCCCUGUCUCUGGAUGAUGAGAAACUUUGGGUCAACCAGGAAGGGAACAACAUCAUCAUCCAGGCUGCCUCUGGCCUCCAAGUCCUCUACGACACCUCCUCCUAUGUCCUGGUGACCGUCCCCAGCACCUACCAGGGCCGCUUGUGUGGCUUGUGUGGCAAUUACAACGGGGACGAGAAUGACGACUUCCUGCUGCCCACUGGGAAGGGCACCCAGAACGUGGAUGAAUUUGGGGCCUCCUGGAAGGUUCCAACAGAUGGUGUCACGUGCUCCGACAGCUGUGGAGACCAAUGCCCCAUCUGCGAUGAAACCAAAAUGGCACCCUACCUGGCCGAGACCUCCUGUGGGCUCAUCCCAGCCACAUCUGGCCCCUUUGCCAGCUGCCACUCGCUGGUCAACCCCAACCACUACUUCAACCACUGCGUCCACGACAUGUGUGUGGCCAGCGGGACCCAGGAGACCCUCUGCCAGAACCUCCAAGCCUAUGCAGCUGCCUGCCAGGUGGUCGGAGCCCAGAUCAGAGCCUGGAGAUCCUCCACAUUCUGCCCCCUCCUCUGUCCAGAGUGGAGCCACUACGAGCCCUGCACCCACUCCUGCGCUUUCACCUGUGCCAGCCUGGCUCACCCAGUCCAGUGCACGCAGAGAUGCUAUGAAGGGUGUCAAUGUGACGAUGGCUUCCUCUUUGACGGGGACAAAUGCAUCUUCCCGGAGACCUGCGGGUGCUUUCACGACAGGAGAUAUAUCCGGUCCCAGGCAGCUGUGAUGACCCCCAACUGCACCCAGCGCUGCCCCUGCCACCUCCGCAGCGUCCUCCUCUGUGAGGGCAGUGCCUGCAACACCAGGCAAAGCUGCACGCUCAGCGCCGGGACCUGGGGCUGCGCCAGCCAGGACGGACUGUGAGCACCGGGGCCGACCCCCCAGCCCUGCCACGGGACCAGCUGGGAUGCCUGCCUCCCCCACACACACUUGCCUCAGGGGCCAGAUCCAGGAUACUACCAGUGCCACCCAGCGGGCGGCUUUCCCGUGUUUGGAGAACUGGGGGCAGCCACAAGGUGGUGCCAUUGUCUUAGUUGUGCCCCCCGCCCCCAAAAGCAAUGGGGUUUGGGAGGGUAGAUCAGUGGUUCUCAACCCUUUCAGACCCCAUACACCCUUGCUAGACUCCAGGUACCCCUUUGUUAGACUCCAUAUCCCCUUGUUAGACUCUGGUCUCCCUCGUUAGACUCCAGAUAUCCCCUCAUUAGACUCCCAGGGCCCCUCAUUAGGGGGCUCCUCUCAUUAGAAUCCUCCCAACUCCCUCAUUAGACUCUGUACCCCCUUGUUAGACUCCGGACUUCCUCAUUAGACUGCAAGCCCCUCCCUCAUCAGACUCCAGACCCCCUCAUUAGACUCCAGGCCCUCUUGUUAGAUUUCAGGUUCCCACACAUUAGAAGCUGGAUCCCCUGAGUAGAUUCCAGACCCCCUCAUUAGACCCUGUACCCCCUCAUUAUACUCCAGAUCCCCUCAUUAUACUCCAGACCCCCUAUGUUAGAUUCCAGACUCCCUCAUUAGUCUCCAAACCCCCUCAUUAGACUCCACACCCCUCUGUUAGAUUCCAGAUCCCACCUCAUUAGACUCCAGACUCUCUUAGACACGUCCUGGUCCAACCGAUCCCCCCAGCCACACUGUCACCCACCUCCAGGGCCCGUUGCCUCAGGAAGUUGGUCCCAGGAAAAACAAAGAGACAGAGAUCACGGUUGUUACUGUAUUUUCUGCAUUACAACAUGUACCCCUCCCCCCACCCCCCAAAAAAGCAGAUGUGUCAUACAUGAGACAUACGGUAAGCAGCUAGACCCCCAGCCCCAGACUCAGCCCCGCACCCUGGAUCCAGCCUCGAUUACCUGUGAACUGCCAAACGCAGCUAAUAAACACCCAGGUGAAG